UAAACAGCUGAGCUUAAUUUAAAAUUAUUUGUAAUGUACUGUUUUUGUUAGCUCGUAUAAGUGGGGGUAUUAAAGUUUAGCAUAAGGUUACAGAGGAUAUUUGACUAAAGUAAAGAUGAAGGACGGACGAUGUACACGAGUUCGGCUGUGAUAAACCCCAGGUGUGAUGACGUCCAACAGGAUGGAUGCAGCUACCUUGGUCAGUCUUACCAGAAAUCGAAAUAAAUUGAUGCGACUAGCGGAAGGAAUUAAAACCCGAAAAAAGGCGAAUAGGAAGAAAGUUCACGAUUUCACCUGUGAUCCUGCCCACACCAACAUUGAACAUUUAGUGUUUGACCGAAAUCGCCGAUCUCAUAUUACCUCGACAGCUAUUAGGGGGGAGCAGGGAAAUGUCUCUGUUAAUGUUCCGUCCAGCUCUCCGGCCAAUAAUGUAUCAUCAGGUAGAUACCACCGAGACAAAGAUGUAGGUCGUAAAACGGAAGGCUGUGAAUGUGUUCAACACACUUCUCAAAGAACACCAAAAGAUGGCGUUACGUGUUUAAAAUUGGCGACCGAAAGUCGUGCGAGACGAACAAACUAUAACGCUGACACAAUAGAAAGUGGAUCAGGCGCCCCCGUGUCCGUGUCUUCCACUCAUGGCAGAAAAGAGCAGCAAUCACGCACUUCAGCUUGUAGUUUUCCUCGGAGAAACCGUCCAAGCACAGUUUGGUAUGAUGAGGAUUGUAUAUCCAAAACUCUGCCACCCAGGGCUGGCGGACUCUUGACGGACGAACAGCGUAUAGGCGGGUCUACUUCAUUUUCCAGCGGUAACCACGUUGUUCUACACGGUGAAUCAUCAUCUUGUUGUGGCUCAGUUGAACGUAGCGAGACACGAGCAGUAGAAAACAUCGCUCCUCAGGUAGGAAGUUUUAUAAUUAACACUGCUCAGGUAGCUUCGGUAGAAGAAAGUAAGUUAGAUAUUGAAAGUGCUUCAAAAGUUAGUCAUUUUAAUACAGGGUCAAAAGAAAAUAGCACAGUAAUAUCCAGAGAUAUAAAUAAUUUGAAUAGUAAUCAAAAUCAGUGUGGUUGGAACGUUGAACUUUGUUAUUCAUCUCCAACGACGAAAAAACUUGUCAAAAGUGUUAAUAAUGUAUAUAGUUGUGUGCAAAGUAAAGCGUAUUCUUAUACUGAUUCACACAAAAAACAGCCAACAUCUACACCAGUAUUUUACAAUAAAAAACGACUUUCUAAUCCAGAAGGUAAAAGUAAAAUUAGUACUCUAAAUAUCCAAAUUGCUUCUUCUGUAUUAGAAGCGGCAAAAACAGAAAAUCUAAAGUCAUCUUGUGAUGAGAAAAAGCUGGAAGAAGCCUCUGCACAUAUGUCCUUUGUAGAGAAAAAUGCUGAUAUAACACAAGUGAAUAGCUCUAUUUUAGAAAAAUGUAAUAAUUGUGAACCUUUUAAAGACUCUUGGAAACAUUCAUCUAUUUACAAUCAGUUAAGCGAUCUCACUCCAACUGAUGACGAGAAGCUAAACAAAAAAAGAAUUGAGUUACAACACUCCACACAAACUGAAUCGACUAGUGGUCAAAAUAAAACAACAAAUGUCGAUCAUGACAACGAGGCUAAGUGGAUCGAAAACCUUACAUGCAAAAUUACAGUUAAAUCUCCAAAGAACCAGGAUUUAACAAACUCGGAAGAGAACAAAGAUCUCGGCGGAAAUAACUGCUUUAAAAUGGAUUCAGUUCCAUCAACAGAUAAGUUCAAUAAUUUGUCUGAUUCAGAAUCGUCAAACACGGACAUAUAUUCUUGCUUGCCAGAAAAUUCUGUCGGAGGGAAUGACAAUGAUAAGCUCAUAGUAGUUUCACAAACAGUUGCAGAUCCUGAAAAAUCCUUCCAUUCCUUUUCUUGUGAUCAUUCUGAGCGUCAUGACAGUUUUAGGUCACAAUUACCAGACUCCAUCAAAAAUCCGUUAUUUCUUAAAGAUGAAGUAAAAAAUGAAGACGGUUUUUCGAAAUCCAUCUGUAAAGAUAACGAAGAAGAAGAUGCACUCUCGACUGUUAAUAAGGGCCAGGACAAUAUCGGUAAACAUGAACUUCAAUAUUUGAGCAACUAUGGAAAAAGAAUGGAUUUCAACGAAACGUUUGUUGGUCACGAAGUUAAAGAAGAAAAACAUCUACGACGUGAUUUCGAGGACUUAUUACAAAAUCAUAUGUCAUUUAACUUACCAUUAACAGAAAAAGAUGUCAUUUAUGAAGUUUCUGAAAAUGCUGAUGCUGUCGAGUCUUACAGUCAGGAUAAAGUUAGUGAACGUUGCAUUGAUUACAGCCAUUGCGAAGAUACUAAAAUAAUCAACGAGUUGGAUCCAAGUAACCUUUCUUUAUCUCAAACCCAAAUUGAUAACCUAGGUCUUCCACUAAGAUCUAAUGAUUCGAAUGCUUUUAAAAACUGGGCUUUCCAUCAUUUAAAUCAGUUGAUAUCGCCAAGUGCCGAAGCCGGUGAUUCAUUUUCGGCCAAGUUGUCUCCUCAAUUGGAACCGGCUAAUAAACAAAAGCUUGGGUUGUACUCGAAAAACAAAGAAUGUAAAACUGUAAGACACCCCUUGUGUGUACAUGAUGAAAAAAUAACUCUUGAAUUUAAGCCUAUUAUGGACUCCAAAACCUUAGCUAGAAAUUGCAACAGUGAAUCGAACAACAUUACAAAGAAACACCCCUUAGAGAUUGGUAAAGAGGUCGGAAGAUCCAAGAGUGUUUCUUAUAGUAUUUCAAAACCGAAGAACUAUGAAAUCACACAGUCAUCACUCGACGCUAGAAAGCGAAAGGGAUUAGGAACGUAUGAUGCUGUAUGUCCACAUUAUGAUGUACCCCGAUCUCCAGCUGCAAAUGUUCUACAAAAUAGAAAAUUGGAGAAACAUAACUCUAUCCAUCAAAGAUCCGAGCUUGAUGAAACUUUUGAUAUAAAUGUUUCACAGACCAGAAGAUCAGAGGAACCAGGAUCUGUCCGUCACAGUUUUGAACUUAGUAAUACUUCUGAUAUAAACGUUUCAUGGAGUAGAGAAUUAGAAGAACCUGUUGAAAUUUUUGAUGUUAAUGAUACACAAACUCAAACCAGAAGGUUAGACCUUCUCAUUAUGGGUGUAAGAAAUGAUCAUAUUGGUCCAGAUGUUGACAACUUAGCUACAGCAAUGGCAGAAACUAGUCAACUAGCUUCAAAGGCUGAGCAUUGUCCUGGAAAAAGAAGCACAUCUUCAUCUCGACUCACCAAAAACAGUCUUAUUUCAAAAUCUGAACGACAUCUAAAGACAUACAGUAUACCUCAGUUUGAAGCACACAGCAGUGAAGAUGUUCGACAGGGAGAUCAUAGCCAACAACGACCAUGGUCACACUUGUAUAGUGAUGUAUCUAAUGAUAAGAAUUGGUGCAGCUCUAGCGGUGACUUUUCAUCAGCAGGAGUGCCUAGUGAUGAAAAGACUGCCACUUCCUUAUUUUGUCGUCAUUCUUCUAUCCGAACAUCUAGUCCACGAUCACCAGCAAGUGAUAGUGUUCUACAAAAAUUUAGAAAAACAUUUUCUUUGCGUUUUCAGAAAAAUAAAAAAGAUGCUCCAGGAUUAUUUUCUGCCAGUGUGGAACAAAAUGAUAGUUCUGAUGAAUCUCUCUCUAGAACCAAUUUAUCAGAGGAAAGUGAUCGAGGGUCUCUGUCUCUGGAUGGGACAACAGAUUCCUUUGAUAACCCUGAAAGUCCACGAAAAUCUCCUUCAAAAACAAGUGGAAUAAAUCAGUGUGAAAAAGAUGGUGAAGCGAUAGUUAGUUUUCGAAUUGGUUCUUUGGUGCUGAGGUCUUCUAAAGGAAAAAGGAAAUCCACAGAAAAACAAAACAGAAACAGUCUUGAGGUCUCUAAUUUUUUUUCUACUGAUUCUUCCAGACAAUUGGCAUUUGGAGUUUCAACUGACCAGACUGCUGGUACCACAGUGCAGUUGGUGAACAAGUCAUCAUUUCACAUUACUUCUGAUAUUGAGGAACCAUCACAAGACUCUGAUAAGCUUGCUGUGAUGAAAACAAGUGGUUUUAGAAAUGCUCAACAUAGGUGGUCAUUAGAAAUGGACCAGAAUCAACUUCUUUAUCCACCUACUAAAACAAGUGUCAAAAGACAACUUUCUACUCCACAUCCAGUGAAGUCUCGUCCUGUGAAGUCUCGUCCAGAUGUUAAUCACCACAAACCUAGAUCACACAUGCGACGGUCUUUCAGUCAACCUCUAGACUUACAAAGGACAGCAGGGGCAAAGAGAACUCGAGCAAGUUCCAGAGGUUUGUUGGACCAUGAAGGGUCAUGUGACAUUAGCACCGCAUCAUCAGAUGAAGCUUUUUCAGAUAAUGAGGGGUGUCCUGUAUUACCAUUAUCCAAAACAGAAAACUCCAUUAAGUUGUUGUAUCAGGGUACUAUCACCUAUGCAGAAGCCUUGUGGGAUCAUGUCACCAUGGAUCCUGAGGAACUGGGAUUUCAAGCUGGUGAAGUGAUUGAAGUUUCUGACUCUAUGGACAAGGACUGGUGGUGGGGUUCGAUUGGUAGUCGAAGUGGUUGGUUUCCAGCUACAUUUGUGAGGUUACGAGUGAAUCAAGAAGACACCUUAGAAGACUGUAUGGGUAAGCUAGCCACAGGAAAUCUAUCUGCUGAUUCCAGAAGCAGAAUGAGUGUCACCCUACUGAGUAAGGAGCAGGUUCGUGCUAAUGUAGUCCAUGAAAUUAUUGGCACAGAGAAAGACUUUGUCAAACAUCUUCAAGAUGUUGUUCAGGGUUACUUGAGACAAGUUCAAAGAAGACCAGACAUGUUCUCAUCGGAGAGAAUAUGCACGAUCUUUGGUAACAUUGAAGAAAUUUACAGAUUCCAGAGGGAGUUCCUAAGGAAAUUGGAAUUAUGUAUUGACCACAGUAAACCACACUUAAGUCUGGUGGGAAACUGUUUCCUACAGCAUAAAAGAGAUUUUAGAAUCUACUCUGACUACUGUAACAACCAUCCAUUAGCUGUGAGUGAACUGCAAGAGUUAUACAGUGAUUCACGCUAUUGCCAGUUUUUUGAGGCUUGUCGACUUCUGCAACAAAUGAUAGACAUAUCAUUGGAUGGUUUCUUGUUAACACCUGUUCAGCGUAUCUGUAAGUAUCCACUUCAGCUGGCAGAACUGCUAAAGUAUACUGACUUUGAUCACCCUGAUUAUGUCCCAGUCACAAGUGCCUUGUUUGCCAUGAGAGAGGUAGCUCAGUUAGUGAAUGAACGAAAACGUCGAAUGGAAUGUUUGGAACAACUUGUUGAAUGGCAACAGACCAUUGACGGAUGGGAGGGUCCAGAUAUAUUAGAUUCCAGUUCUGUUUUAAUUCACUCUGGUGACAUAAUCAGGGCUUCAUCUGGGUGGUCUCGUGAACACACAAUCUUCCUUUUUGACCACUUACUAGUCUAUUGCAAAAAGGAUCUCUUGAAAAGACAGAACUAUGUAUAUAAAGGAAGAAUUGAUUUAGACUCAUGUUGUAUCUUUAAUAUAGAGGAUGGAAAAGAUGCACAGUUUGGAGUUACUGUGAAAAAUGCUUGGAAAAUUUACUGUGCCUCACGAGACAAGUGGUUUUUGUUUUAUUCAAAGUCACCUGAAGAGAAAACUAGGUGGUUGGAAACAUUUGGAGAGGAGAGACAGCGAGUGAUGGAAGAUGAAAAACAAGGUUUUACUGUUACAGAACGUGCUAAAAAAGCUGCUCGGCUAGCUGUUGUGAAUAAGCAGAAAGCAAAACGUCCCAGAGUUAAACAAUUGAAAGGACCUCGCCCUCAUCCUGAUGUAGCCGUGACAGAACUCCUGCUUGAUGCUCCUAUGUCCAUCAAGUCUCGAACUGGUAGUCUACCAUCUAAUUUCCAUCCCAGUAUGAUGGUAAUGAUGGGUGGAAGACAAGAGUUGCCAAAGAAGAAAGGCUCUGGAUGGUUCCAUUUUGGUAGUGGCAAGAAAACCAAGAAGUGAGAAAAUAAUAACUUAUUUGUUAUGCUUCUGAUAGCACAGACACUUUGAAAGACAUAAUGCCAAGUGACAUAACUAAAUAGUGCCAAGCUCCUCUUACGACUACUUUGUAAAAUAGAAAUCAAAUGUGAGGUCUGCUAGCAGUAGUUUUCACCAUCUGUUUUUAAAUUGUGCACUCUUAUAUCUACAGAAUGAAUGUUCCCAGCUAAAUGUGGAUGUAGGACAGUAAGAAACUUGUAUGUUAAAUUAUUAUUUAUAUACUAGUAUAUACUGUCUAUUGAAACAUCUCAUGCUGUGAUAAUCUUAUUGUUUUUGAUAAGUACUGUCACUGUUGAAAGGCUUUAGAUGUAUGCUUGUGUAUUUGUUUUAUAUAUAUAUGUACCAUGUUGAGAAAUAAUAUGCUCUGAGAAACUGCUUGUUACUAUAGCAAUAGACAUAAUAAUAAUGAGUGAUUUUUGCGUGUUUUGCUAGUUCUUAAGAAGUGUUUGUAUUGAUCAUUAAUUUUGAAUGCAUCUCUUUCCUGGAAUUUCUUUAGUGUUGAAGAAUACUGUAUAUCUGUAAGCAGAAAUAUAACAGUAAAAGGCUAAUCUAGUACUGGAAAAGUUAAAUAUGCCACGUAUUUUUGUUUUAACUUAAAAGACCAUUGCUUGUAUCAUUUUUGAAGUUUUAAUUAUGUAUUCUAUGGAUAACUGUAAAUUUAACGUUAGAAAAAGUUAAACUUCUCUACAUUUGAUGAUAAUGUUUUUGUUCCAUAUCCAGUUUUGUAACUCUGAAGUUGUUCAUUCACAGAAAAAGACCAAACAGCCUGUAUUAUAUUUCAUUAUUUAAGGUUUCUGUGGAAUCAUUGUGUAGUUGUUUGACACAAUGCAAUACAUAAUUAUGAAUAAUAUACAUUUAGAUAUAUCGCAGCAUUCUUUACAGUAUAUGGAUUUGACACUAAUAAUAAAGGUCAGUUGUGUGAACAGAGGAAUGUUUAAUGCUUAAUGUAGUUUAUGAAACGACUUGUAAAUGAAACAAGGGAAGGACCACACACACAAUGUAAAGUGCUUUAGAUGAUUUGCUAGUUACCCCAGUAUAUUAUAUAGGUCUUAGGACAAAACUGAAUAAUUUUGUGUGAUCAUAUUGGAAUUUCCAGGUAGCUAAGAAUUGGCAUGCACUUAAGGUAGUAAUUUAUUAUUUAUAUAGUUACAGUAGUAUCAUUGUGGUACAUGUUUGAACACCUAGCUACAAUAUAAUUCUUAAUAAAGUCCCCACAUGUGGUCCUAAUUCAUUCUGCACUGGCAAGUAAAACUAAAAAAGGAGACUGUUAACACAAAAAGAAGGAAAUGCCCGUGUGACAGUACAUUGCUGUCAAAAUCAAGACUUGUAUUCUCUUGGUGACAUAAUUCAAUCUUGCAUGUGUGUGUGCCUGUAGAGAAAUGAGGUGAAUCUGAUUUUACAUUAUUAGGGUCUUAAAAGAAUAGUGUUUAACAGUUAUUAAUAUUUAGGCCAGAGUUGCUAUUUAAACCUGUUUUCUUUAUUUUUGUUUAAAGAGUUUCAUUUUUUUUUCUUACUUUCCAGUUGAAUCACAAUUUCUGGUAUAAUGUAAUAAUGAAAGGAAAUUCUUCAUGUGUUUUUGAUUUGUAGGUUUUCUGUUGUGUACUGUUAACAAUUCAGGUUUAUGCUCUGAUUUUAUCCUUACACUGAAAAGAAACAACUUGGAUAUAAGACUCAGAAUAAUUUUCUUUUGUGGAAAUGUGUCCUCUGUCUUUGGAUUACAAAUCUCCUUUACAAAACCAAGCUUUGAACAUACUCAGACAUACAAAAAAGCUCAAAAAAAUUUAUAUAAAAUAAUCUGUGAAAGUAAAAAGUAAAUUCAACUU